AUGACGGAGAGCUCGAUGGACAGGCUCACCGACGACAUCCUCGCCGACAUCAUCUCGCGCGUGCCCUACAAGUCGACCUGCUGCUGCAAGUGCGUCUCCCCGCGGUGGCGUGACCUCAUCGCCCACCCCGACCACCGCGCCAAGAUGCCCCAGUCCCUCAUCGGCUUCUUCUACGAAACCGACGACGGCCCAACGAAGGAUCGCUCUUUUAUCAACGCGUUAGCGCAAGGCUGCCCUCCUCUCGUCGACCCCUCGUUGUCGUUCCUGCCCAAACACGAUAAUCUUCACAUCUUGCACGGCUGCAACGGUCUCCUCCUCUGCUUCCUCCACCAGGAGGGGACUGAUGCCGAUGAGAUCCGCUAUUACGUGGUGUGCAAUCCCUCCACGGAGAAAUGGGUGGUCGUGCCUACCACCGAAUGGUCUAGCAGGGCAGAAGCUUACCUGGCGUUCGAUCCGGCUGUCUCCUCCCACUUCCAUGUGUGCGAGCUCGUAAACUGCGAUGAUACUGGAACUAUUGAAGAUAUUGCAGCGGUCGUUAUAUACUCGUCCAAAACCGGAGUUUGGAGUCACGAGGCUGAUGCUUGGAGCGGAUGUAGCAUUUUCAUACCCUUGGGCGCGAAAACCGUCUUCUUUAGGGGGGAGCUGCAUUUCUGUGCCUACAAUCACCAGCUUAUAUCCAUUGAUGUGGAGGAAAACGAUUGGAAAGCCAUUCCUCUUCCCGGGACAGCUAACGCUUCUCGUGAUGUUUAUCUCUCGCAUGGUCAGUUGCAUUUUUCUUGUAUUGGUCUUUCUGAAUUGUCGAUAUGGGUUCUUGAGGACCCCAACAGUGAAGUCUGGACCUUGAAGCGCAAUAUCAGCCACUUGCAGCUCUUCGGAACGGAGUAUUCAGCAUAUGCGGUUGAUUACGUUGUUACCUCAAUCCACCCCGAAGAGAAUUUGGUUUUCAUAGUCGCUGGACACAUGCACACACUGAUGUCAUAUGAAAUGGAUUCCAUGAAGCGGCGUAUUAUAGAUCAACUUGAAUGUAUUAGUAUGUGGCCAAGUGAGAACAGGUUUCGUUGUAUUCCAUAUGUUCCGUUGUUCUUGGAGUCAUUGGCAGAUGGGCACUAAAUGUUGUGCUUGUGUAGUUUUAGGUCUUGAAUAUGAGCAACAGUGGGUUGGAUAGACUUUUAUGAAGUUGUGAUAGUCUAUGUCUCGUGGUAUGUCGCGAUACUUUCUGUUUGUGCUUG